UUUCCCAUUUCCAGAAAAUUUGGGAAUAAACCCAAUCCCUCACCAAACCCAAAGCCCUGAACCCCUCCAUCUGCUGUGCGCACAACUACUCCUCCCAGUCCCUGCUAUCAAACUUCCACACGUUCCUAUCCGCCAUUGUUACUCAGUGACUGAGCUCCGUCCUUGAGCGCUCUCGGGAAAGAAGAUGGCCUGCUCAGCCGCCUCCGCCGCCCUCGUCUCUCCGAACUCCGCCACUACUGCCGCCAGAAAGCUCACUUCCCCAGUGAUGGCUUCCUUCUCUCAAUCCCUAACAGUCCCCAGCUCCUUCAGCGGCCUCCGCAGGUCCUCCCUGUCUUCCCGCGCCCCACGAUCGGCUUCUCUCUCUCGCAGCUCCAGAUCGAACCGCAGCUUCGUCGUUAAAGCCUCUAGUGAGGCUUCCGCUCCACUUGUUGGCAACAAGGCACCGGAUUUUGAGGCAGAAGCUGUUUUUGAUCAGGAGUUCAUCAAAGUCAAACUCUCCGAGUACAUCGGGAAGAAAUAUGUGAUUCUCUUUUUCUACCCAUUGGACUUCACUUUUGUCUGUCCCACAGAGAUAACUGCUUUUAGUGAUCGAUAUGGAGACUUUGAGAAGUUAAAUACAGAAAUAUUGGGAGUCUCUGUUGAUAGCGUGUUCUCACACCUCGCUUGGGUUCAGACAGACAGAAAGUCAGGCGGCCUUGGUGAUCUGAAAUACCCUCUUAUUUCUGAUGUCACAAAAUCCAUCUCCAGAUCAUAUGGAGUGCUGAUCCCAGAUCAGGGGAUUGCAUUGAGAGGACUUUUCAUCAUCGACAAGGAGGGGGUCAUUCAGCACUCCACAAUCAAUAACCUCGCAAUUGGUCGGAGCGUUGACGAGACAAUGAGAACGCUGCAGGCUUUGCAAUACGUGCAGGAGAACCCAGAUGAAGUCUGCCCAGCAGGAUGGAAGCCCGGGGAGAAGUCCAUGAAGCCCGACCCAAAGCUCAGCAAAGAGUACUUCGCCGCCAUAUAGGAUUUGAAGAGCGUGGAAACCUCAGAUCAGGUUCCUUAAUUAUUGUAAGGUAGAUCAGUGUACAAGAUUUCCGUAUGGAGCGUCUCGUCGUUUUAAAUCUUUUCAUGAGUUUGACUCAGUUUUCUGUGGGAAUAAGUAUGUGGGAUUGCACUUGCAUUGCUCCUCCUGUAUUUGCAUGUCGGUAUAUAGUGAAUACAUCCUUGUGACAUUAAAAAUUUCGUCAUUUGUGAAAACAAUUGAAGCCCCGAGCACUGUUGAGUUA